CACCCACGCCCGCGGCAGCUGGGCUAGGGUCCUCCCACCCUCUCGCUCCGCUCAGGGCCCCGCCCGCCGUGACAGGGGGCGGGGGAACAGGAGUGGGGAGGGCGCUCCUCCUCAGUUCCUCCGGCAGCCGGCUCAGCGGCUGCUCUUCCGGGUCGAGGUCGGGGGGCGGGGCGCAGUGGAGGGUCCGCGGCGGCUGGGUUGGGCAGAGAGGUUCGUCUUGCCUCUGCCGGCGUCGUGUCGGCGUCUUCCCCGUUCCCUCGGUCUGCGGGCUCUGUGCCGUCGCCACCGCCGGACUCCUCUUUAGGGCGGCCGCGCCGGCGUCUGGGAUCUUGAGCAGGGCCGGGGGGAGGAGGCGGAGGAGGAGCCGUGUGCCCGGGGCACGGAGCGGCCGCGGCCAUGGCGUACGCCUAUCUCUUCAAGUACAUCAUCAUCGGCGACACAGGUGUUGGAAAAUCAUGUUUAUUGCUACAGUUUACAGACAAGCGGUUUCAGCCAGUGCAUGACCUUACUAUUGGUGUAGAAUUUGGUGCUCGAAUGAUAACUAUUGAUGGAAAACAGAUAAAGCUUCAGAUAUGGGAUACAGCAGGACAGGAGUCCUUCCGUUCCAUCACAAGGUCAUAUUACAGAGGUGCAGCAGGGGCUUUACUAGUGUAUGAUAUUACAAGGAGAGAUACAUUCAACCACUUGACAACUUGGUUAGAAGAUGCUCGCCAGCAUUCCAAUUCCAACAUGGUCAUUAUGCUUAUUGGGAAUAAAAGUGAUUUAGAAUCUAGAAGAGAAGUUAAAAAAGAAGAAGGUGAAGCUUUUGCCCGAGAACAUGGACUUAUCUUUAUGGAAACUUCUGCUAAGACAGCUUCUAAUGUAGAAGAGGCAUUUAUUAAUACAGCAAAAGAAAUUUAUGAAAAAAUCCAAGAAGGAGUUUUUGACAUUAAUAAUGAGGCAAAUGGCAUUAAAAUCGGCCCUCAGCAUGCUGCUACUAAUGCAACACACGCUGGCAGUCAGGGAGGACAACAAGCUGGUGGAGGCUGCUGUUGAGCCUAUUUUUACUUUCAAGCUGCCUGAAUGGGCCUACUAACUUGUUCUUUCACCCUAUCUCCCACUGCUCAGCUGAGACAUGAAACUAUUGCAAAAUGGCUUUAUGUCACAGAAGACUUUAUCCUUCAAAUUCUUGUAUAACUUUGAAUAAAUGGUUAAUGUUCACUUCAAAGACAGAUUUUGGAGAUUGUAUUCAUAUAUAUUUGCAUUUGAUUUCUAGUUCAAUUGAUGUGAUUAUUUUUGUUAAAUGUUGUCGUGUGCCCUUGACUACAAACUGAAUUGUAUUAAACACUACAGAAGUCAUUGGAGUAUUUUAAAUCAGUUUGUGUAGUUAGGUUUCCCAAGCACCUCUGGUUACCUAAUGUUUAAUAUUGUAGAACUGUCCUCAAAAAGUUUGUCAAUUUUCAAAGCUAUAAAGAAAAACAGAAGGUCUCUUAAUUCUGUAUUUAUCAUUUACUUUCUGUAUAUAUAGUUUAAUAACCUGCUUGGGUGUAUUUGCCAAGCUAGAAUUCUUUAAUGCAUUUGCAUAACUUCUAUACUGUUUAGAGCUUGAAAACAAUGACUUACAGAAGCAUUGUUAGGAAUUGCUUGGACACUGAAUUUUAAACCUUUUUGACAUUGUUAGCAUGUUCAUCUUUUUCUUGUUACUAUCCAAGUCCAAGAAGAAUGCUUGAUGUAUAUUACUAGAAGCUAUAUAUGUGUUAACCUAUUUUAAUGCCAAAUGUUUGCUGUUUGAACACAAUUUCCAUAACACCUCUUCAGAAAUGCAUUAGUUGUUUGCCUUAAUGAAUACUGUAGAUAAAAUCACAGUAUGAGUAAAUACAAGAGGAAUUAAUAUGUGUCAAAAUAGCACCGCAAAGAAUUAAUAUCCAAAUUCAAUGACACAUUAUGAGGACUUUAAUCUUUUUCUUAAACAUAAUAAUGUUUUGUGUGUUUUUCAUUUAUUGACAUGAUUUCUAAGUAUAUUUUUCAUGCAGGACAGUUUUCCAGCCUAGAUGUACAGUGAAUGUGUAAAGUUUUUCUUUUAGUAGCAGCUUGUAAUCUUUGAUAUAUGGUAAGCAUCUUGUCUGUUUUCAAAGGGGAUAUGACAAUAAUCUACCAGAUGAAAAAUCCUGAUUCAAAAAAAAAAGGAGCAAAAGUGGAAAAGCUUUGGCAAUUUGCUAAAUGUGGUGGUUUUAUCUUUUUUCUUUCUCUUUCCCUUGGCCUAUAAUGAAAUUGUUUUAGCAGUACAAAAUAAAAUCCUAUGUAUAAAA